AGUUGUAGUCGUACAAUAAAGUCAGGGGUGGUUUUAAUGUUCUGCGUCUUAUGUAUUUUUCGGAUUUAGUUUUGUUAUAUAAUAAUAAGGCAGGGCACAUUAUCAGGUGCAAUUCUUCCACAAGUGUUUGUUUUUUUGUAUUUUUCUGUGAGCCAAAAGGUAUUUCUUAUUUUGCUACUUAAAAGUAAUCAUGGCCAAAACAUUUUCUGAUCGGACCCACCAGUCUUUUUCAUAUCAGAAUGCAGGAAAUGCUGAAGGUGGUCCAGAUGAGCUCAACAGACUCUCCCUGGUUAUUAGUACCAAUAUUCAGAAGAUUACUCAAAAUACCAACUCAGUUCAGAAGAUGGUUAAUCAAAUAGGAACUGCACAAGAUUCUGAAAGUUUACGUUCUCAACUACAUCAUGUUCAGAACUACACCAACCAGUUGGCCAAAGACACCCAUCGAUAUUUGAAAGAAUUAACAUCGUUGGCUGAAUCUUCAAGCCAUCCUUAUCAGGUGUGUUUAUUAUCAGAACAU